AUGGAAGUAUUACUCAAAGAACCAUCUGAACAUUCUCAUGUACCUGAUCCAGAUCGGCUGCACCUCAUUCGACUUAAAAAUGAAAUUAAAAGUCGUGGUGCAUCAUCAGAUGAAGGAGCUAUAUAUUUAUGGACGGUUAAAUCUCGAUAUACUUAUUUUCAACAACGAGGUAUUCCUUGUCCUCCGUUUUGCUUUUUUUUCGGUCAUUUCAAAACUAUUUGGUCAAUUCCUUUAAAAACUCAUCAAUGGCAACAAUGGACUCGUCAAUUUGGAUCAAUUUAUGGUUUAUACGAAGGUAGUCGUCCAAUAUAUAUUGUUUCCGAUGCUGAUUUUCUUCAAGAAGUAUUCACUAAACAAUUUUCAUCAUUUCAUUCACGACAUUUACCAUUCGUUCUUCGAGAAGCAAGCAAAAACAAACCUAGUCUAUUUAGUGCUAUUGGAGCAACUUGGCAUCGUCAAAGACAGGUUAUUAAUCCAGCAUUUACAUCACUGAAAUUGAAAUUGAUGGCACCGAUGGUGCACGAUUGUGUUGAUUCUUUAAUGAAAAAAAUAGCAGAAUAUUGCGAAAAAGAAGAACAAUUAGAUAUUUACACGCUCUAUAAACGAUUGACAAUGGACGUGAUGUGUCAUUGUGUAUUCGGUGUUGAUACAGACAUACAAAACGAUAUCGACAAUGAAUAUUUUAAAAAAGCUGAAGAAACUGUAGCAUACAAUUUCGAUAAAAACGCUAUGGUUCGAUUAAGUCAACUGAUGCCGUCAUUUAUUCCGUUACUUGGUUAUAUUAUGACUGGACAAAUAUUACUGGAACGUAUCGCAAACAAAUUCAUUCGAAAUAUUGAAGAGAUGCCGCGAUUCUGGCUUAUGAAACGUCUCAAAUAUUUAAUCGAUGUACGCACAUCAUCUUCUGACAAAGAAAAUAAGAAACGACGAGUCGAUCUUCUUCAAUUGAUGCUUGAUGUUGCCACACAAAAUGAAAUCAUGGAACAUACUGAUUCUGAUGUCAUGUCGAAAUUGAUUCAUUAUGACGAAGUAAGUCAUAAUAUGUUAUCACUUAUGAUUGCUGGCUAUGAAACAACAGCAACAACACUAGCUUAUAGUACAUACGUUUUGGCUAAAGAACCUCUUGUUCAAAAAAAACUUCAAGAUGAAAUAGAUAAUUAUGAUGAGAACAAGAAUGAAUAUGAUCAAGUUCAUAAUAUGAUCUAUCUCGAUUGGUUCAUACGUGAAGUUUUACGAAUGUUUCCUGCUGCACCUCAAGCUACGACAAGGGAAUGCAAUACUACUACUGUUGUUUGUGGUCAUACGAUAGAUGAAGGCUGUGUCAUUCAACCGGAUGUCUUGUCUGUUCACUAUGAUCCUGAUUUAUGGGGCCCUGAAGAUCCAAAUAUAUUCCUACCUGAACGACACUCAACUCCAAGACAUCCUGCUGCUUUUAUGCCGUUUGGUCUAGGUCCUCGUAAUUGUAUUGGGAAACGAUUUGCUUUAAUGGAAAUCAAAAUGUGUUUUGCACGUCUACUUCGACAAUAUUCAAUUCAUCCCGGUGAUAAAAUGGAAGAAAAAUUCGAGCUAAAAGAUACAUCUUUUAUUCUUCAUCCAAAAACUGUUUAUGUGAAAAUUGUAAAACGCUCAUAAUCACUCAAAUAUAAGAAUUUAUUUAGAUAGGAUAUUUCAUUUUCUUAAAAAACAUUAAGUGAUAAAUAUUAUGAUUAGCAUUGAUAGUGAGAUCAUGAACCAAUGGUUCUUCAAUCGUGUUUAUGCAUUGAAACCACAAUGACAGAUCAUUUAAGAACUAAUGGCGAACUAAGCAGUUCGACCAUGUAGCUAUCAUCGUAUUACCAUGAAUAAAUGUUACCACGAUGUCUUUUAACAAGCCUAACAAAUAUAUGAGUGCAGAAAACAACUAAAACCUUUAAAUCGACAGUUACCAAACAAAAUCAGUUCAAGUUUUUCAAGGACAAUUCCAAUGGUUUGUAAAAUUUUAUAAUAAGUAGUAGUAACGAAUUGAAAAAAACAAUAUUAAUGGUUGCUGCCUCUACUAUAUAAUUAAAUCAAAAACCUUUCAAAAGUAUGUAAGAUAUAUUUUUUUAAAUCUUGUGAACGAAUGAUCUGUUUCCUCACUAAGUUCUGUGACAGAAUUUAUGAGGCAUUUUUAUGAACGGAAUUUUUUUCAAUUUUAAGAGUGUUUUUCUCGAAAGUUCUUUCCCGAUUUUUUCCUGGUUUAAAAUCUACUCUCAUAAUACAGCUACUUGUUUUGUUUAUUAAUAAAACUAUACAUGUAUUCAGAGUAAAGUGGCACUUUUGCCAUAAAACUAACAAAUUUUAAAUAUAGUCUGUCUUCAUGUCACAUUAACCAAGAUGAUUGAAAUUCAACAUUUCAGCAGAGUUUAUUUGUCCUUUUUUUUUAGCAAUGGUUUUAAUGGGGCUCAUCGAAUUGUUCUUAAGGAACUCUAUAUUUCUAUCCACACACGUCGACAGAAUCAGUAAAAGUUCUGCUGAAAUUUUCAACUGCAAACAUCUGACAUUUACUGUAAAUAUCUUCAAAUUCGAAUACCUUGGUCGAUGCAUGUCAAUAUCAUCCUAUAUAUUUUUUAAUUUCCAUGUUCCAUAGCAUUCCUCGCAUAGAAAAAACUUGCAACAAGUAUUUAUUAAAUGAUAAAAAUAUUUGAUGCAAUAAGAACACAAAGAUAUGAAAGGAACGCCAUAAGUAUAACACUUUUAAAAAAAUAUCAUGAUAAUAAAAUCGAUAUAGAAAAUGCUUCAUCUAUAUGAAGUAUUUGUUAUAAAACAAACGAACAACAAUUGCAAUAUUAUAAACUAUUGUAGGGUGUGGGUGGGUGUGGGU